AUGGCUAAAGUGGUCAAGUUCAAAUCGCGGGUUCAGUCGAUUGACGGUUGUGAUACUGCAAUAAUCCCCGGGCCUUUUACAUCAAUCAGCCUCUCAUUUAAUCCCUCAUAAUUUACCAAUAACUUCACGUGAACGAGUGAUCAAUGGAUCUGUUCCACUCGCAUGAUUGACAAGUUAGUGAAUCCAGUCGAUUUUUGUCAAGAAAAUUUCAGGAUGGAUUAUAUAUUUUCACCGCCUGAGGCGUCGGAUUCUGUCAGGAGGAAGCGAUAAGUCAAACGGGAACAUCGCCAACAAAGUGAAACAGAGCAAGGAGACGUGUGUUUAUUCACACAACCUGACCGAGUUUAACUCAUGUUUAACAUCCCCCACCAUCUGGUCAUUUACCCAAGCGCCAGUUCCUCGAGGCUCAGAGUGUCGUGGGGCCUCCAUGAGCGUGCCAGACUUCGCGUCGUCAUCAGGUCAAGCGAGCCAUUAUCCAAAUUUCCCUGAAUCGAGUGCAACUCACGUGGACUUGCCCGGUUUUUUUUUUAUUUAUGGACGCCGUCGAGAGGGGGAUAAGUGAGUGAAUGGCUAGAAGGUUAGUGCAUUCAGGUUGGGCAGGUCCCUGUGCUGUGCGCAUGGUUGUGUAGGUCUGGGUGGCAAUUUGAGGGGCAAAGAGGGUGGACAAAUUGUUCCGGGGACGCUUCCUUCGAGAGGAGCGAGGCAAUGGCUGCCACCGGUCGCAGAGUAUCUGGUAAUCGUGGGAAUUGUGUUGGUGAUAAUGUGAUUGGGGAUUCUUUGGAAACAAGGGUGAAGCGAUCGAGGUAGUGGUGAAUUGUGGACAGGACAGGGUGUCAUGAGGGAGUGAGUCUUUGAUUUUUUUUUUGAAUUUUGAUUGAGGAACACUGGGGCCUUUUUGAUUAAUUCGACAGGGGAGAUGUGCGAAUUGUUAUUGUGAUUGAUAUGAAGGCGAAGGGAAUCGGUAAGAAUCACAUUGACGGAGAUGUGGAAUCGAUUGAGGCCAAUGAGAGGUAUGACGAGUUCAAUACUGUAAUGGUGCCUGUGUCGAGGAGUCUCAGUAGGAGUCCGCAGAGUGAUGAGGGCAUUGAGGCUGACGCCGAGGCGAGGAGAAACAAUGUUGGUAGAUGCUGGAGUAUUGACUCGUCAAAUGGCGAUGAAGAACAGGGUAAAGGCAUUCUGUGGCAGAGGAGACAGUCGAAAAUCAGGGUCACCAGGUGCUGUAGCUCUGACAGUGCUGUUUUGAGCGAUGAUGAUCAGAUUAAAGGAUGGGAUAACUUGAUCAUCGGUGAUCGCAGCGAAUGUGACUCGACCGAGGAGAGACCCAGGUACUGGAGAACGCCCAGUGUUGUUGUUAGUGACUACUCAGAUUACUCCUAUCUCGAUGAAAAAUACGACAGGAGUGAUUUUGAUUUGGAGAAGUUCGAGGGAACUUCCGGUUCUCCAAGUCAGGCCAGCAGUUGCUCUUGUUUAGACUGCGACGAUAUUAGAGAAUUUCAAGACUUAAAUUCCCCUGUUUAUAACCAUCUCCAGGUCAGUGGACAGAGACGUCAUUCAGACUCUUGCUGCACUUGUUUACCCACUUCCAACAUUAACAACGGGAGUGUUAAUGGUAACGCCAGCAGAAGGAAUUCGUGUCUGGCAACACCAAGCCCAUACUCAUUAAAAUCAGAAUCAUCAGCCACAGGGUAUUCCAAAGGUGAUAAUUCUGAAGACACCAGGACCAACAUCGAGCUACUUGAGUUACCACCAGUGCGAAAAAUAUCUGAUUGCUCCACAAAUUCCAGUCUCAGUGGUGAUGACUUCGAGGUCACCGAACUGCAACCAUUAAAGAGGCCACAGAGCUCUGGGUGGAGAAAACUGAGGAACAUUGUACAGUGGACACCCUUUUUCCAGACUUACAAAAAACAUCGGUAUCCAUGGGUCCAACUAGCCGGUCACCAAGGUAACUUCCGGGCAGGUCCCACACCGGGUACAAUUCUGAAGAAGUUGUGCCCCCAAGAGGAAGCUUGCUUCCGGCUGCUGAUGCAAGACAUCCUCCGGCCCUAUGUUCCAGAAUUCAAGGGUGUCCUUGAGGUUCGAGAGUGCGAAGAGGAGCGGAGUACCCAAGAAACCGAGCCCAUCAAGGAACCAGAGGAGUCCCAGCAGAGUCCAAUAGUCGCCUCGUAUCUUCAGCUCCAGGAUCUCCUAGGAGACUUCGACCAGCCCUGCGUCAUGGACUGCAAAGUUGGAGUGCGCACUUACCUGGAGUCCGAGCUUGCAAAAGCGAAGGAGCGUCCAAAACUCCGGAAGGAUAUGUAUGAAAAAAUGAUUCAGGUAGAUCCCUCAGCCCCGAGCCCCGAGGAACGUCGGCUCCAAGGUGUAACCAAGCCCAGGUACAUGGUGUGGCGUGAAACGAUAUCCAGUACAGCGACUCUAGGCUUCAGGGUAGAGGGGAUAAAAUUGAGCCACGGUGGCUCCUCCAAAGACUUCAAAACCACUAGAACACGAGAGCAAGUGACUGAGGCAUUGAAAAAAUUUGUCGAGGACUAUCCACACGCAAUACCAAAGUAUCUUCAGAGGCUCAAGGCCAUCAGGGCAACACUCAAGGCAUCUCCAUUCUUCGCGAGUCACGAGGUCGUUGGGUCAAGUUUGUUGUUCGUUCAUGAUGCUAAAAAUGCUGGUGUCUGGAUGAUUGAUUUUGCCAAGACUCUACCUCUACCAUCACAAUUGCAUAAAAUAAGACACGACGCUGAAUGGGAAGUUGGCAAUCACGAGGAUGGCUAUCUCAUCGGUGUCAACAAUAUCAUUGAUAUCUUUGAGGACAUUAGAAACUCCGUACCGUGA